UACAUUAUAUCAAAAUGGCGAUUCCCAGAUCGUGUAUGAGUAUUCGUGAGAUUGCUUCCAGUCUUCAGAAUGGUGUGCUUUCUUCUUCUGAGCUUACUUCCUUUUGUAUUCAUCAAAUUAAGGCUACUAAAUCAUUAAAUGCUUUCAUCACAGUAGCAGAGAAAGAAGCUGAGGAUUUGGCUAUUCAAAGUGAUGUAAGGAUAAAAAAUGGGUCCACCAGAGGUUUGUUAGAUGGCCUUCCUGUUGCUUUUAAGGACAAUUUCAAUACCAAGGGAACCAGAACCAGCUGUGGCUCACAGAUGUUGGCCAAUUAUUACCCUCCAUACAAUGCUACAGUGGUGCAGAAGCUGUUGAAUGAAGGUGCCAUAAUGAUGGGGAAAACUAACAUGGAUGAAUUUGCUAUGGGGUCAGGAACUGUUGAUUCUAUAUAUGGACCAACCAAGAGUCCUUGGAGAUCAGGAUUAAGGUAUAAGCUUUGGCAUCGUAAUAAACACAGACAUCAAGCAUCAUCAAUAAUGGAGAAAGAACAGUUUUCAACAUUUACGGACAAAGAUUGGUUUAUUGCUGGAGGUAGUUCUGGAGGAAGUGCAGUUGCAGUGGCAGUUGGUUCUUGUUUUGCAGCAUUAGGAUCAGAUACAGGAGGUUCCACAAGAAAUCCUGCAGCUCGUUGUGGCAUCGUUGGACUAAAACCUACUUAUGGUCUUCUGUCUCGAUACGGUUUGAUUCCAUUGGUCAAUUCUUUGGAUGUACCAGGAAUUCUAACAAAAACUGUUGAUGAUGCUAGUCUUCUUUUAAAUGUAUUAGCUGGCCAUGACCCAAAGGACUCUACAACUGUAUUAGAUCCCUUUUGUCCUGUGAAGAUCUCAGAGGAACCUAACAUUUCUGGUGUUCAUGUUGCAAUGCCUGAGGAAUAUUAUUGUCCAGGCAUGAGCUCAGAAGUAGUAGAAACGUGGAAGGAGAUUGCUGACCUUUUGGAGAGAGGAGGAGCCAAGGUCACAAAUGUUUCUAUGCCUCAUACACAGUAUUCUAUAUCUUGUUACUCAGUGCUCAAUUGUUGUGAAGUGGCUUCAAACUUUGCUCGAUAUGAUGGUAUUGAGUAUGGUCAUCGAGCAACAAAUGAAUCCUCUACAGAAAGUUUGUAUGCAGCUACUCGUCAUGAAGGUUUCAAUGAGGUAGUGAGAGGAAGAAUUUUAGCAGGAAACUAUUUUCUUUUAAAAAGAAACUAUGAUAAAUAUUUUCAAAAAGCACUUAAGGUCAGACGACUGAUUAGUAAUGACUUUCUUGGGGUUUUUGAGAAGGGAGUCAAUGUUAUAUUAACUCCUGUAACAUUAACAGACUCUCCACCUUAUUCUUUGUGGAAGCUCAAGGACAGCAGACAACAGUCCUCCAUUGAAGACUAUUGUACCCAACCUGCAAACAUGGCUGGUGUUCCUGCUGUUAGCUUUCCCUGUAAGCUAUCUAGUCAGCAGCUUCCUAUCAGCCUUCAGCUGAUGGCUCCCUGCUUUCACGAACAAACUCUUCUAACUGUAGCCAAGUGGAUUGAACAAAGACUAGAUUUUCCUCUACUAGACCUUGAAGUAUAGGAAGAAAUAACAUGCUGAAGUGCUAUACUAUAAAUUUAUAUUUAGUAAAUGUAGAGUUUGAUAUGUAAAAAUCAUUCAUGUUUAAAAUGGCUUUGAUCAAUAAAGGUGCAACAUUCAUUCCAGCUUAAAA